AUGUGCAUAUUUUCGAAUUUGUUCGACGGAUAUUAUUUGCCGCUCAUUAUCGGAGCUUUGAUAUUUAACAUACAGUACAGGAGGAGCAGCACAUUCCGUUACUAUGCGAAAUUCACUUAUUUCAGUUUGCAUUCCGCAUUUUUUGCAACAUUUUUCCUACCGAUCAUGUUUUUUCGACCUAGAAAUUGGAAAAAUGCAUUGAUUCCAGCUGCGGGAUUGCGUUUAAUUAAACGUUUGUUCGGUUUUAAAUGGAAAAUAAAAGGACACGAAAACAUCGUGCAAGAUUCUGGAGCCGUGGUCCUAAUAAAUCACCAAAGCAUAAUUGAUCUUAUUGUUUUGGCCGAGCUUUGGCCUAUCAUGGACCAUUGUACAGUUAUAUCAAAAAAAGAAAUUUUUUACUUGGGACCUUUCGGUCUGGCAUCAUAUCUGUGGGGCACAAUUUUCAUUGAUCGAUUAAAUCCCGACAAAGCCAAAGAUACAAUUAACAAAACGGGAAAAAUUGUUCAGAUGAGAAAGGCGAAACUUUGCAUGUUUCCCGAGGGAACACGUCACGGAGAAGAUGAAUUGUUACCGUUUAAAAAAGGAGCUUUCCACGUUGCGAUAGCAUCCGGAGUUCCCAUACAACCCGUCGUCGUAUCAAAAUAUUAUUAUAUCGAUUAUAAAAAUAAAAAAUUCGAUUCCGGUUAUACCCAAAUCGAAAUUUUACCGCCGAUACCAACGAAUAAAUACACGAGAGAAAAUAUCGACGAACUCAUCGAUAAAACUUAUAAUGUUAUGUCUCAAAAGUACAAAGAGCUUAACAAACAAGUUUUUGCUAAAGUUGAAACAGAAAAAUACGACUGUAACGAAAACAAAAAGUUUUGUUCCGUUCGAUCGGAUAAUUCAAAUCCGUUGACUAAUUUGGUUAAGGAUGUUGAAUUGUUGAACGAUUCUCAAGUUACCCACAGGUUGACAAAUUCAAGAGCACAAAUUCAACAGGGUCUUUAA